GUCUGCAGAACGAAGUGUGGAAAUAGAAUGGGAGCGGGCGUUUGGUCGGCGAAAGGUGGGACACCUGCUGGAAGAUUCUCAACCAAGAGCCCUUGGUCAGGAUGUUCAAGGAUAAGACGUCCAAAAAUUGCAAAUCGCGCUACGACAAGAUCGUUGACGACCAGAGCAAGAGCAAUGGUAAAGCCCUGCGGGACACCGGAGCCGGCACUGCUGAGAGUGGCGCGGAGGACGAAGUAGAGAAGAAUACCAAGGUCCAGCUGGACCAAGUUCUGACCGCGACAGUGGACGCGAAGGCUGCCGCGAGGCAGGACUCGGUGGAGACCAAGCACAAGAAAGCCGACGAGGCGGCCUCGCACUCCGCGAUGGGGAUGUGGGCCAUCAACCAGGGCAAGGCCCGAUGCGGGGCGGGCGCGAAGGCUACAUCAUUCGAAGAGGCUGUUGCCGCCGACAACAUCGCGUUGGGUUCCCGCUCCGGUGCAGCGGCCGGUGGCCGUGCCAGCGGUCGGGUGAGUCCGGCCAGCAGCAUCGGGGGGGCGAGGCCCGCGUCGGAGGCUUCGGCGGGUGGCGCUGCCAGCGGUCGAUCGAGCCCGACCAUGAGUACGGGCGGGCUAGACGACGACUUAUCGCCCGCGGGGAGCGGGCCAUCGAGGAAGGUUCCACCGCUUGGCGAAUUGGUGAAGCACAUGGGGUCGCUGAGCAUUCCGAAGCUUGCGCAAAGUGCCGGGGUCACCACAGAGGAGGAGGACUACUUCCUCAACACGGGCUUCACGGCCGAUGAGUUCAGCCGGAAAGGGCCGUGGCCAUGAUGACGGUACUACUCGACAAA